AUGGCCAUGUCAAUCCUCGGCGCUCUCAAGCUCGCCCCGUCCCCUCCGGCGACGGCGGCGCAGCCGGCGUGGCUCGGCUCCUCCUCGGUGCGCUUCCACCUCGCCAACGCCGGCGCCGCCGCGCUGGUCGCCGCCUCGCUGCUCGUCGCCGACCCGGCCCUCGCGUUCAGGGUUAGUUGUAUUGCGUUUGUAGUUGUACCGGUCGACCGAGUGUCGUGGCGAGGCGAUUGA